AUGCUCGGCACAGUCGAUGCGAUCGACUACGAUGGGGACCGCCUGCACAAGGUGGUGUUGCGAUUCCCUGCUGUGCGUAGCGGCGAGUCGGAGAUCGUGAAGGAGGUGUGGCCGUGCGAGCGCAUUGGCCAGGGCUCCUUCGGCACGGUGUACCGCGCCGUCAGCAGCGGCUAUCCCCGCCUGGCCCUCAAAAUUUCAACAGGCAAGAGUACGCGGCUUCGCCAGGAGCUAGACGUGCUGAGUCGCGUGUGUACGAAAGGGCGGCUCCUGCUUCCGCGUUUCGAGUUUGGGGCGCUCAACAAGACAGCGGACUUGAUCGUGAUCGGCAUGGAGCUGUGUGUUCCGAGCACGCUACACGACCUUCUCCUCAGCACACGUAUCACCAGCGAAGCGGAGAUGCUUUUCAUGGCGCAUCAGGCGGCUCAAGCCGUCGCGUACGUGCACGCAGAGGGCUGCAUCCACCGUGACAUCAAGCUGCAGAACUUUGUCUUCGACCUCGAUGGUAACCUGAAGCUGAUUGACUUUGGCCUUGCUUGUAACUCGCUCAAGCCACCGGCAGGCGACGUGGUGGCGGGCACUGUGUCUUUCAUGUCUCCGGAGAUGGCGCACAACGCCCUUCACAAGGACCGGCGCGUGAGCGUCGGCGUGGCUGCUGAUGUGUGGUCGCUGGGGAUUGUCCUCUUCUCUAUUUUCACGCAGCGGAACCCGUAUCCGGCGCCGGCAGCGGGCAGCACCCCCGGAGGCGCGGAUGCGGCGGGCGUUACCGGACAUGGAGACACCACGCAUGGCGCAGAGGGCGAAAAGGGCAACGGCUUGAGCCAGCAGCACCGCAUGAAUGAGCGCCUGCUGCGCCGCGUAGCUGCCGGCGACUGGCAGUGGCCUGUCGGCGUUACGGUGUCGCAGGACCUGAAGCAGCUUGUAAACUCCAUCCUCGUCGUCAACCCCGAGGAGCGGCCGCACGUGAACACGAUCCUGGAGAACAAGCUGUGGAACUUACGGCGGCGCUAUCCACCCGCAGCGGUGGCGGCAUUUCUCGGCGUGCAGGAUGACUUCUUGCUGUCUCACGAUGAGGCGCACCUGCUGCGUGCCGUCGAGGAGCGUAGCGCCGGCGUAACAGCGUCGUUGCUGAACAGUCGCCUGCACAGCCCCACCUCAGCCUCCAACGAGGACAAUAGCGAGACCGACGCGCAGCACAGCAGCAGCGGCAGCGCGCGCGACGGCGGCCUGCACGCGUCUGGCACCACUACAUCUUCACCGCGCGGCUCUCUCAAGGUGGUCCAGCGCUCCGGCGAGGGCGGCAUUGAUGGGGCGGUCACAGUGCAGGUGUACGACGUGCGCGCCAGCGCCCGCAAGCGCAGCAAACCCAUCCGCGAGAUAUCCGUGGUCAUGGCGGAGGAGACGGCCAAGACGCGACGGUCCAAGUCUGCCCGACGAGCAAAGAGCGCCGUGUCGGCUCCCUCGUCGCGCGUCGGCUCACGAGCAGCGUCGGCGGAGAACGUCAGGCGAAUAGCUCCACCGGCUGGCACGAGGUUGCAGUCUAGUUCCGCGCAUGCGUGUGCCGACAGCGGCGACGAUGAGGGUGAGGCGGAGGCUGUGAACCGUGGCGCCUGCACGUCGCAGCGUCACAGCCGCGGUAUGUCGCCGGUGCGGCUUCAGGAUGCUCUGGAGACCGCCGGCUCAGUAGCAGCCGGGCAGAGGGACAGCGUAGGCCAUCCCAAGGCAUGGGUGGAGCCGUCGUGUGCCACGCCACCUCUGCUCCCACGGGACAAGCAGCAACCUGUCAGCGAGCCAGCGAGCAGCGCUUCAACCGUUGAUAGGGCGCGCGAGCAUAUGCGCCCUGGCAUUCAGCGCAGCGGGAGUGUGGAGCUUCUGAAAGAUGCGGAGGCGCCAACUGAAGCGAGCGCGAUGCCCACCUCGCACAAGAGGGCUGCAUCGGGCGGCAAGAGAAGCCGCAACGCGUCUCUGCGCCAGCCUUCCUCGUUGAUCCUCAAAGGUGGCACCCGCGACUUAUCCAGUGAUGCGCCAGACAGCACGGCGACAACGGCAUCGGCGCAGGUGCCCGCCUCUCUGCUGGCGAGCCGCACUACAUCGUCACUUUCAGCCGUAAACCCAUCCCCGUCGUCUUCGCGGCAGGCGUUGCUGCGGCGGCAGGCAUCUGCUAGCGUCGCCGCCGUCUCCUCCGCACAGGGGCGUGCAGGCCACAGGGGAUCACCGCCGGUGAUGAAGCGUGCGCAGCGUGUCGCGCUCGAGCUUGGUCUGGACGUUAUCUGGCAAGACGAGGCGGACCACCGCCGCGCGCUUUCUGCGAUGCUGCUGGUGGAGCAUGCGUGGCUGCUCGCCAGCUUUCGGCUGACCAUUGAGGAGGACCAGGAGCGCUACAGCAUCACGUGGCUCGCAGAGGAGCAGGAGAAGUCCGCCGCCCACCCACACCGUUUCAAGGAGGUGAUGCAGGUGAUGAGCAAGAAGUACCAAUACGGCUUCGUUUGUGACAUGUGCGAUUAUGAGUUUCUCCCGACCGGGCCAGGGGAGAAGAACUUGCACUUCUUUCACUGCCCAUGCGGCCGCGACCUGUGCCCAGACUGCUACACAACGUAUCAGCGGCAGUGCACGUGCUCCUGCUGCCGUGCGGUCCACUCAAACAGCUGUGUGCUGCGGGAGCACCUCCUGCGGACUGGCGGAGGUCAGUACUACAGCGGGUCGAGAAAAACGAACGCAGCGGCGCGGGCGGAUGCUGUGUGCGGCUCAUUCCAAGCCGCUGCCAUCCUCGACGAGGAAGCGGAGAGCGGGGAUGAGGCGUCGGCGCCGCCUGAGCUGCCGCGUCGUCGUGGCCGGCCCCCCAAGCAGGACAAGAACCGCUCUGCUGUGAAGGAGAAGGGCAGCCGAGCAGCCAAAGACAGCAGCCGUCGGCGCCGUGGUGCACAGGACACCCUCGACGUGAACGUGGACGAGGCGCAUGAGGUGGCGCAGAUUAACCCACCUCGAAUUUCGAUCGCUGCGAUGCAGCAAAAGGAAGAGCGUAGUAGCAAUGGCUCGCACCGCGGCGGCGGGACUGCAGCCGUCGGGGUGGCCGCGCGACCACAACGGCCAGAGGACGUGGAGGUGAAACAGCGACCGGUAGAGAGCGUCCCGGAGGGCCCGUGGCAACCGUUCGCGCGCUUCAAGAAGGAUCGCCGAGAUGAGGUGGCACGGCAGCCGACGCCGGAGGAGCGCGACGCGUUGCUGAAUGGGGAGUGGAUUCGACACUUUUACUUGUUUCCGCACGCCGAGUCGGAGCGCGAUGCUGCCUCCGGGACAUGUGCGGAAGGGGAAGAGGAGCCGUACGCGUUCGUCUAUCACGCGCAGCCGGGCCGCACCGGUGCCAUUUUUCUUACAAGUGACUUUCCGAUGCACUCGGCGGUCUUUUCCAUGCUGGAGCGGCAGUUCUUCGUUGUGAAUCAGGUGGAUACGGUGGAGGGCGCCGAUUCCACCUGUGCCACAUCGCUGCUCAAGGCGAAGGGCCACCCGGAGCUCCGGAUCGCUUUCCAUGCGCUGCAGGACAUCGUAGCGUAUGACACGAACAUGAUGAAGCAGCAGCGUACCCCUGGUACCGUCUCCGUGUACCAGGCACCUCGCAGCGCCUACAGCUGCAACGGCGAGCCUUUCCUGUACGUGCGGUGGUUCCGCUUCAACGAGAACCGCACCCUCAGCGCCUUUCUUCUGUCCAACGGCGCCGUUCAGGUCUUUGUAAACAACGAGUACGAGCUGCGGUGGUUCGACGAGAGCCGGAAGUUCCUCAUCCGCUACAACGGCGUGUGCGAGCUGGUCGACGACGGCACUUUUGCACUGGCGCCAGGAAUCAACCAUCUCCUCUACGACUCCUUCGACGCGUAG